AAAAGUCAGAUAUCAUCAUGAUAUAUCACUUGUGCCAAACAUAUCUAGAUUGGUUUGCACCGACGGUAGAACUGGUCUCAUGCAGGUCUGAGCUUCGUGAUUUGGAGGCUCGAACGAAGAGUAGAGUUUGCAUUGACAAGGCUGGAUCCGUGCAUAGGCACUCGUGAUCUAACACUCUAGUACAAGGAGUCCAGAUAAAAAGGGGGAGGGACCUCUUCGACCUAAACCGAUGCAGACACCGUGGAGCACAAGCUUUUCAUCAUAUGAUCCCUCGCCCAUUCGCUUUGGAAGCAUGCUUGCCGUCUAUAAUCUCCGCUUCAACACGUGCGAGUCUCGUCAAAGCGUCAUCUUCCCGGAAGACAUGGAUCUGCCCGUCUACAGGAGAAGCCAACACAUGAAUCUUCUUUGAGAGACCUCCAACUUAUGGACUCUCUUCAUGCUUACAAAUACAGACUAUAUUCUUUUAUCUAUAUACGAGGCCGCAGGUGCAACGUGUCUGUGCUCCCCAGGAGUUGAUGGCCGAUAGCUCGGGGAAUAGCCAAGAAGCACAAGGGCAGGCCCUCGGCACGUCCACGGGAGCGGGCUCAGGUGAUGGCGGCAUCAAGGAGCAAGACAGGUUGCUGCCAAUUGCCAACGUGGGAAGGAUCAUGAAGCAGAUGCUGCCCCCCAACGCGAAGAUCUCAAAGGAAGCCAAGGAGACGAUGCAGGAGUGCGUGUCGGAGUUCAUCAGCUUCGUCACGGCCGAGGCCUCCGACCGGUGCCACAAGGAGAAGCGCAAGACGGUGAACGGGGACGACAUCUGCUGGGCGCUCGGCACGCUUGGCUUCGACGACUAUGCGGAGCCGAUGAGGCGGUACUUGCACAAGUAUCGUGAGGUCGAAGGCGAUCGAUCUGCAAGCAAUGGUCAGAAUACCAGGAGUAGCAACUUCGGCACCGGAGAUGAUCAGACGUUGUUCGAUGACAUGGACAGGAACAAUCCUUCAACAUCGAGGAGGUAUUAGCUAGGUCUGGGGAUGAUGAUGGCGUCGAGUCAGUGGGUAAGAAAUCUCAUGUUUCUGCCUCGAGUUUUUUCUUGUUCUUGAAGCUGCUCCCUUUCUUCUGUACUCUCUCUGUCAAGCAAAGGUUGCGGUUCAAGCUUCGACACCUAUGUAUCUUUUGAUCAUAUGGUGGGAGCUGUAGUGCCGCUGCCUUUCAUCAAGUAGUUGCCCGUAUUCUAGUAUCACUUGUUAGGCAGUCUUGAGCUAUCGCAAUUAAAUGUAGGGGGUCUUAACUUAUUUGUACAAACAGUAGGUGAGACAAUAUGUAAGAUGUCCUUUCAUGCUAUAUCAUGUGCUUCUGUCUUUCCAAAAUUUGAAGAGAAAACGAAUAGUGGACA